GGCUUUAACUGGGUGGAGAGCCUGGCCUCAACUCCUUCCUUGCAGGGCCCCCUGUGAAUGUGGCCCUCGCCAUCGAGGUAGCCAGCAUCGACCACAUCUCGGAGGUGAACAUGGAGUACACCAUGACGGUGUUUCUGCACCAGAGCUGGCGGGACAGCAGGCUGGCCUACAACCACACCAACGAGACUCUGGGCCUGGACAGCCGCUUUGUGGACAAGCUGUGGCUCCCGGACACCUUCAUUGUGAAUGCUAAGUCUGCCUGGUUCCAUGACGUGACCGUGGAGAACAAGCUCAUCCGGCUGCAGCCCGACGGGGUCAUCCUGUACAGCAUCCGGUGAGCCCGGGACCAGCACCGCCAACGGCUCUGCCGGGAGCUGGUGGGCCGUCUGUAAGCUCCGGCCACUAGCGCUGCAUACGUAGCACACGG